AUUAGGAAGAUCACCGAUAAAUAUCAACCCGAGGACUCUCAGUUUCUUAUAAAGGUUGAAUAUUCCGGUAUCAAUCCCGCUGACAUCAAACAUCUUACCCUGGGACUUCACUCCUCCGUUGCUGGCUAUGAUUUGUCUGGAGAGGUCAUCUCAGCAGGCCCGAGCUCGAAAUUCAGAGCCGGCGACAAAGUGUUUGGCUCAAACCCGGCUAGCCCGAAUCGACCUCUCUACCAGGGCGCUCAUCAGGACUUCGUGAUUGCAGAUGGGCCUGAUUUCUACAAGGUGCCAUUACAGCGAGUGACCAUGGUUGAAGCAGCUACAUUAUCUGUAGUGACCCACACUGCUGCCGAUGGACUUUUCAACAUCCUAGGUCUCGCGUUUCCGUCAGCUGGCUUUGAUGGAACCGAAAAGCAGAGCCUUCUGAUUUGGGGCGCCGGAAGCGCGGUUGGCGUAUCUGCUGUGCAACUGGCCAAGGCCGCAGGACACGGUCCGAUAUUUGUGACCGCAAGCGCGAAGCAUCAUCCCACCCUGAAGGCUCUGGGGGCGGAUAGCUGCUUUGAUUAUCACGACGAAGAUGUCGUAGAACAAGUGAGGGAGGCAGUUCGGAAGAGUAGUAAGAGGUUGAGUCACGCGUUUGACACUGUCGGCGCAGGGGUGUUCGGCCCGGAUGAGGCACUCGAAAAGAGUAGCCCGGCGCUUGUUAUAAGGUGCGCUCAAGGAAGCGUGAAUGACGAAGGGCCAGAGGGGAAGUUUGUGUGUGUAUUGCCCGUUCGUGGGGAUAAAAGAUGGAAAAUUUGUGCGGCAUUGAGGUCUAAGGACUUCACCAUGUUUGGAGCCAUGGAGUCAGAGGAUUGGCCAGUCAGGAUUAAAAAAGCAAUGAACUGGGUGUGUGACAACUACGGAGCUGGAAAGUUUCAGGUUCCAAAUGUGCGGGUUGUUCAAGGGAUAUCACAGGCUAUAGAGGGAAUGAAAUGGAGUGCUGAGGGACGAAGCAGCUUGGAGAAGAUCGUUGUCAAGCACCCUAUA